AUGGCUCUGCCCUCUGUGAUGGUGUUGCCCCUGCUGAUUGUGAUUGCGGCAGGGGUCUACUACAUCUACAAUGAGGUCAUGCAAUUCAUGUCCAAGUCCUUAGUGCGAAACAAAGUGGUGGUGAUCACUGAUGCUGUGUCCGGGGUGGGAAUUGAGUGCGCCCAUCUCUUCCAUAAGGGCGGUGCCAGACUGAUCCUGUGUGGGACUAGCUGGGAUAAGUUGGAAUCUCUGUAUGACUCUCUGACUAAUGACGCUGACCCAAGAGAGACAUUUGCCCCAAAGCUGGUGAUCCUGGACUUCAGCGAUAUGGACAGCAUGGAGGAUGUGGUGGCUGAGGUGGUGGAGUGUUACGGCUGUGUGGAUGUGUUGAUCUGUAACAGCAGCAUGAAGCUGAAGGCCCCGGUGCAGAGUGUCUCCCUGGAACUGGACAAAAACAUAAUGGACAUUAACUACUUUGGCCCCAGCACUCUGGCCAAAGGUGUUCUUCCAACCAUGAUCUCAAGAAGAUCGGGACACAUCGUGCUGGUCAACAGCAUCCAGGGAAGACUGGCUGUCCCAUUCAGAAGUUCUUAUGCUGCGUCUAAGCAUGCGGCGCAGGCCUUCUUCGACUGCCUGCGGGCUGAGGUGGAGGACUAUGGGAUAGUCGUCAGCACUAUCAGUCAUACCUUCAUCAACGCCUCCGACCCGCCGCCUGUCGAGGAGCCCGCCCCUAAACCAAACACUCUGGUUGCAUUUAUCGCCAGACAGCUGACCCAUGGUGUGCGCCCGUCAGUCCUGGCCAAUGAGAUUAUACAAACGGUGAACAGGAAGAGGAAGGAGGUUGUGCUGGCCCACCCCAUCCCCAGGGUGGCCCUCUACCUCCGCUCCCUCUUCCCCUCUUUCCUCUUUGCUGUGUUGGCCGCUGGAGUGAAGGACUCCGUCCUGGCUGAGCAGAUGCAGUAGGAGAAAGGCUGAAACACAGGAUGGAAUCGUUAUUUCACAGAGAUGUGCAAUUAAGCAUGGAUAGUUAGAAAAUGCUAGAUGUGUAAUAGUAUGUGCUUGACACAAGACUGGAUAAUUAACUGGGCAAAGUGGGCAAUCGCCCUGGGGUCCAAGG